CAACAUUGCUCAAAUAGAAACAAAAAGAGAACAGCUGAUGUUGCCACUACGAACAUAAAUUUUGAAAAUUUUCAUUUGAUACAGGCGGUAAUGAAACUCAAUUAAAGCCAUACUUGAUUGUAACGCAACCAUACGAGCAGGGUUUGCAAUCGCUCAGGCACACGAACGAAAGAUUUGGAAAUUGAACUGAGGUGGUAUAUUUUGGAAGCACGAUGUCCCUGCAAUGAAUGAAGCAAGGUUUAAAGAAAGCCUUAUUGAUGGAAGGGCCUUCAAAAAAGUUUGCCAGAAAGUAAAAUAUAUUGAAAAAUUGGAUAGCAACAUGAGGCGCUGUAUCCGAACUGAAAAAAUAGUAGCUACAGCACUCUUCUCAUUGUGUUCGUCAGCGGAGUACAGGACUGUUGCUAGUUUGUUUGGCGUGCGACGCUGCACAGUUGGCGAAAUUGUCAUUUAUUUUCGUCAUAGAAUAUGCGAUAGUUUAGUUAGAUUGCAUCCCCACAUCCGAAAAAAUUGGAAAGAAUCGUUGGUGGGUUCAAACUCAUGGUGUCCUCACAAUGCUUUGGUUGUGUAGAUGUUCAUCGAAGUUCAGCCCACAAAAGAGGAUACAAUAAAUUACUACAACAAGAAAAUGGUAUUCCGUCAUUUAAUCGCAAACUGCCAUCACAGGUAGAUAUGGAUACAGAGAUGCAUUCUACCCCAACGCCAACAAUGCGAUCGGACAUCACUGUGCCUCGAUUUGGGGUUACUCCAACAGCGGCGCCUCGAACAUCAGCCGCAACCGCACCGUCCACCACCGCUCGUAGCGGUACACGAGAAUCUGCAUCCGUUCCGUCUCCUACAGAGGCGCCUUAUCCCAUCCGAUGCCCCCUUUGUCGACAUCCACACAAACUGCAGCACUGUGGUCUCUUCAAAGGCAUGACGCCACACAAUGCCAGCAAGCUGCCCAGGCGCAUAGGCAUUGUCACAAUUGUCUGGCACAUACCCACACGACUCAGGAAUGCGACUCCGGAGCUUUGUGCCAAAUGUGUGGCAGGCAGCAUCACACGUUGCUUCACCGUACAUCGAGGCGAGAGGUCAGUCGGCAGCCUGCCACACGAAUCCGUUGCCCAAACCGACCGCAGCAAACCAAUCGCGUGCCACGUCGCCGAAGAACGGCAUCCCGAUCUGACUACCGUCCAUGGCGUCAGCAAAACAUCGCACCUACUAGGAGUAGGCCGAACUAUCGGCGCACGUCCGGACUCAGCAACGAUGUGGCAACGUUGCAACAGUUACAACGACUGCUAGGCUGAACAUUCGCCUAGGGGGGCCGGGACAUAGUCUUACAACCCUCAACCAUAAAAA